GCGUUUCAUGCAUUCAUUGUGCUCAAUCGUCCUCGUCCACACAUCAAUAGCUAUGAAGUAUCUAUAUUAUAUAUAUUUCUUUUGCACACUUUCCUGUUAUGUAUCAGCAGAAGACGUCCUACUAGGAACUGAUCUUUGUGAAUGUAAUGAAUGCCUGAAACCAAUCCUUGACCAACUUGGGGGCAGCAACGUUACAAUCCAGAAGAUCGAAGCUCUCAUACAAAGAUUAAGAAAAGAUGUCGUAACUAUUACAGUAAUACUCAACGAAACCUGUGAAAAAAUCCAAGGUAUUCAAGAAGACAUCAAGAAUUUAGACGCUGUCCUCGACGAUAACGUUGAACUGGUCAACCAAGAGAAUCUAAUCAUCCACGAUAUCGAUGUCAGAGUUAGGGAGCUCGGUCUUGAAGGACAAGAACUGGACGAUACGAUCGACUCUAACAACUGCACUAUUAACGAUAUCGAAACAAUUGCGAACGAAUUACAAACUUGCGCAUGUGCAGUUACAACACCGGGGGGCAGUGGAACUCCUACUACUACCCCAUAUUUUUUCAACCAUACGUAAAACGUAAAAACUAAAGCACGUAAAAUUCUAAAUGUUAUUUCCACCAUUAAACACCUUUAAAGCACCCAUGUAACAUGCAUUAUUAAUAAUAAAAACUUAUUAAUAAAAAGAAAAAAUUUCUAUUA